UGAACAAAUUUUACCAUAAAACAGAUUACAUGGCAUAGUACAUGUAUCGGUUAGCCUUUCGAUUGCACGGCUUAGACAGAAGAAAAAAUUUUUAAGCAUGAACGAAGAACGACGGUCUCACCUUCUCAAAUCCUCAUCUCUCUUCCCUCCUCCUCCAGGGGUGAAGCUAUCGUACGGUACUGCCGGGUUUAGAGCAGACGCUUCUAUCCUUCAAUCAACGGUUCACAGAGUAGGAAUAUUGGCCGCUUUGAGAUCGUUGAAGACCCAAUCGGUGAUCGGCUUGAUGAUCACAGCUUCACACAACAAAGUCACCGAUAAUGGCGUCAAAAUCGCUGAUCCUAGUGGUGGAAUGCUAUCUCAAGAUUGGGAACCUUUCGCCGAUCAGCUCGCCAAUGCUCCCGAUCCCGAAACCCUCGUUUCCUUGAUUGAAGAGUUUGUGAAAAAGGAAAAUAUCCCCUUUGAUGGAACACAUUCAGCAGAGAUAUUGUUGGGAAGAGACACGAGGCCCAGUGGUGAAUCUCUUCUUGAAGCUGCUAAACAAGGAGUCAGUUCCGUUUUGGGGGCACUGGCCCAUAACAUGGGAAUUUUGACUUCUCCACAACUACACUGGAUGGUACGUGCUAGAAACAAGAACUUGAAAGCGACUGAAUCUGAUUAUUUUGAACAGCUUUUGAGUUCAUUCAGGUGCUUAAUGGAUUUGAUCCCUGAUGGAAGAAAAAUUAAUGACAGUGAGGACAAAUUGAUGGUGGAUGGGGCUAAUGGUGUGGGUGGAGAAAAACUCGAAAUUAUGAAGACAAAGCUGAAUGGUUUGGCUAUUGAGGUUCGUAAUGAUGGAAAAGGAGGAGGUGUGCUCAAUGAAGGAGUUGGUGCUGAUUUUGUUCAGAAAGAGAAGGUUGCUCCACAUGGAUUUAGCUCUAACUGUGCUGGGAUAAGGUGUGCAAGUCUGGAUGGGGAUGCUGAUCGGCUUGUCUAUUUCAUUGUGCCAUCAAAUAGUGGCUGCAAAAUUGAUCUUGUUGAUGGGGACAAGAUAUUGUCUUUGUUUGCUGUAUUCAUCAAGGAGCAGUUAAGUUUUCUCAAUGAGGGAGAUACAAAAGAAAAAGAUGAUUAUAGAGCUCGUCUCGGUGUUGUACAAACAGCUUAUGCAAAUGGUGCAUCCACAGAUUAUCUCAAGCGGUUGGGCCUGGAAGUUGUAUUUACGCCAACAGGGGUGAAAUACUUGCAUGAGAAAGCUGCUCAGUAUGAUAUAGGGAUCUAUUUUGAGGCCAAUGGUCAUGGCACCAUCUUGUUCUCAGACCAGUUCUUAUGCUGGCUUGAGGCCAGAAAUAACGAGCUUACUUCCAUAUCUAAAGGUUCAGAAGCCCAAAAGGCUUCUUUGAGACUGUUGGCAGUGAGCAAACUCAUCAAUCAAGCUGUCGGAGAUGCUUUGAGUGGUGUGCUCUUGGUGGAGGCUAUAUUGCGACACAUGGGAUGGUCGAUACAUAAAUGGAAUGAGCUGUAUCAGGAUCUACCAAGUAGGCAACUAAAGGUUAAAGUUGUGGACAGAAGUGCCUGUGUCACAGCAAAUGCAGAAACUGUGGCCGUGAGCCCCCCUGGCAUUCAAGAAGCUAUUAAUGCUGAAAUUGGUAUCAUUCAGACUUCGAAUCUUUGUGGUUUAGUAAUGUUGCUCACUCAUGAAUUUUUACAUCAAAACAUCAUCAAGGCAGAUCUUUCAUACGACCUUCAGGUACAGAGGAUGUCAUACGCGUAUAUGCAGAGGCGUCCACACAAGAAGCAGCAGACAGCCUUGCGAACUCUGUGGCUGAAAUUGUGGACCGAUUCCUUGGUUUCAGCAGCUCCAAAUAACUGCUUCUGACCUUUUUCUUUAACUACAGAUGACCAGUUUACCGAUUACUGAUCUCUGAUCAUUGUGGGUGCUAAAGUGCCUAAUAAUUGAGAUUUCUUAUUUGGUAUUUUACAAAAAAAAUUGUAUGUUGCAAAAUGGAAUAUGAUUUGAGACACAUGAAUGUGGAUAGUAAAAUACUUCAUUGUACUUUUAAUGGCAUGGUCGAACUUUUACAAUCGUUCGCUAUGGCCUUGAUAUUUCAGGGGUUAAUUGGGUGAAAAUAAGAGUUGGAAUUUAACAGCA